AGUGAAAUUGUAUAUUAGUUGUAAAUUAAGAUUUUAUUUACUUAGGCAGGCAUUAGUUGUACAUAUAUAUGUGGCCGGCAUUUUAUUUAACUUGCUAACAGCAACAGUUUGGUGUUUGUAAUAGCCCAAAUCCAAUAAAAGCUAAAACCAGGCUAAACUGAAUCAUCACCACAUCGAAAAAAGUAAACACAAGCAAUAAUGGACAUUUCCAAAGCAACAAAUCCACGCAAGCUACAGCUUUGUAGGACAUAUUUUAUGACUGGCUUUGCUUUUCUACCUUUCGUUUGGGCCAUAAAUGUUUGUUGGUUCUUUGAGGAAGCCUUCCGUAAACCAACAUACCCAGAGCAGAAUCAAAUUAAACGCUAUGUCAUAUACUCGGCUAUAGGGACGCUGAUCUGGACAAUUGCGCUUAUUACAUGGAUCAUAAUAUUCCAGACGAAUCGCGCUGCAUGGGGAGCUACAGCCGACUAUAUUAGCUUUAUAAUACCGCUAGGUAGCGCAUAAUUAAUAAUUGUACAUACAUAUAUAGAUACUCAAGCAUUAUAUACAUUUAACGCAUGAUAUUAUAAAGGACCUUUUAAUAAACU